UCCACACAAGAUUGACAAUAAGUUGUCAUAAUGCGCAUGUGCAGUAGUCAGCAAAUCGUGUGGAUAUCCAUAACCCAUGACAACUAAAGGUAUCUUCUGCUUGACCAAAUUACAACUGUCUUGGCUAUGGAUCACUGGGAGGCAGCUCAAGUUUCUUCAUCCAGAGAAUGUUGGGAUAUUAUUCCAGGCAGCUGGAAAGAAGGAUACUUCUUUUGAGCUCCUAGAACUAAAUGAGAAUGAUUUGGAAGAGCAGUUUGUAAGAGGACACGGCCCUGGAGGACAAGCGACUAAUAAAACCAGUAACUGUGUAGUUCUAAAGCAUGUUCCUUCUGGAAUUGUAGUAAAGUGUCACCAAACUAGAUCUGUCGAGGUGAACAGAAAAAGAGCCCGAGAGAUACUCCAGGAAAAAAUUGAUGUUUUCUACAAAGGAGAAAACAGUGAAAUCCUUAAACAUAAAGAAGAAGCAGAGAGAAAUAAGCAAGACAAAAGAAAAAGGUCUAAAGAACUUUUAGAGAAAAAGAGACAUUUAAAAGAAAUGCAGCAAAAUGAACCAAACAAAAAAUAAAUAUAUAUAUAUAUAUAUAUAUACUCUAUUUCUGUACAUGUAUAGAGCAAUAGGUGUUUUUAUUAACAUGGCAUUGUGCAUCAUAUUCAAGCUCACGUGCCAUAUAGCAUACCAUAAUCUUAUCAGCAAUCUCAUGCUUUUAAAAACAUUUCAUAUAAGUGUAUAAGUCUUUACCACCUGGCCCAGUGGUGAGCCCAGAAUGAUCAGAAAUCAGUGAAAAUGUUGAUACUAUUGGUGGUGUAAUUUAAAACAGGCCAUAAAAACCUAACAUCAGAUGACAGUGGGUCAUUUAAAAUGAGUUGUACUACGCUUUAUAAAAAAAAUAUUAGUGGUUCUGUCUUUUCUAAUUCCCAGCAUAAAUAAUAAAAAAAUGACAAUAUGGAUGGCAGCUCAGCUCAAACUGAGAUGCUAUUUCUUGAAACACAAGGUCACAGAAUCGUGUAAUUAUUGAUGAUGGGAAUAAGUGCAAGUAAAUUUAUAUAUACAGUAUAGAGAGGGAGUUCCUGAACUACAAAAAAGUGUUUUUGUUUUCUUUGUAGUAGGGUGCAACCCUUUCAGCUAAUAGAUAUGGCAAACAUUUCCUUAUCAGCCAGUGAAUAACUCACACUUGCAUACAUUAUGUACCAUAAACUAUAAUACAUGUCAUACAAAUAUGUAGGUAGGGAUCAGCACUCCCUUACUGAAGUCUCACAUCAGUGGGUGCCAGCUUAUGGAGUUUGCCCUCUUGUUCCAGUGUACUAGUAAAGCAUAUAUUAUUUUACAAAAGUGAAAAAAACUUUUAUUGACAAGCAACGUUUCGGGGCUCCUGCCCCUUUGUCAAGCUGACCAUAAAACACUUCAUGUUUGUUUUGAUAACAAGUGUUUUAACUUAAAAAUGUUUCAUAUAUACAUGACUUUUUUUUUUAUUAUUUAUUCCCAUGAAAUAUACAAAUAAAAUAAAUCCAGCAGAGCUUUUAGUGAAAAUAAGCUUUAUUACAUCAAGUAAUAAAUACAUACAAAGAUGCAAA